UCGCGCACGGGAGCGCUCCGGCUUGAGCGCGCUGCGGGUACGGCGGCGGCUGGGCUUCGCGCUCGUGGCGAGCGUGUUGGUGCGGCGUGUUCUGCGUGCUCCGGUGCUCGGCUGUAGCUCCGGCCUUAGGCCCGACCAUGGCUUCGGUGUUGGAGGAGUUGCAGAAAGACCUAGAAGAGGUAAAGGUCUUGUUGGAAAAGUCCACUAGGAAAAGAGUGCGUGAUGCCCUUACAGUUGAAAAAAACAAGAUUGAGACAGAAAUAAAGAACAAGAUGCAGCAGAAAUCACAGAAGAAACCAGAACUUGUUGACAGUGAAAAGCCAGCUGCUGUGGUUGCUCCUCUUACAACAGGAUAUACAGUGAAGAUCAGUAAUUAUGGAUGGGAUCAGUCAGAUAAGUUUGUGAAAAUCUACAUUACCUUAACUGGAGUUCACCAGGUUCCCAUUGAGAACGUGCAAGUGCAUUUCACCGAGAGAUCAUUUGAUCUUUUGGUGAAGAAUCUAAAUGGGAAGAAUUACUCCAUGAUUGUGAACAAUCUUUUGAAACCCAUCUCUGUGGAAGGCAGUUCAAAAAAAGUCAAGACUGACACAGUUAUCAUCUUAUGUAGAAAGAAAGCAGAAAACACACGAUGGGACUACUUGACUCAAGUUGAGAAGGAGUGCAAAGAAAAAGAAAAGCCCUCCUAUGACAAUGAAACAGAUCCCAGUGAGGGAUUAAUGAAUGUCUUAAAGAAAAUUUAUGAAGAUGGAGACGAUGAUAUGAAGCGAACCAUUAAUAAAGCCUGGGUGGAAUCAAGAGAGAAGCAAGCCAAGGGAGAGACAGAAUUUUAAGACUUCAGUUUUGGGGAACUGUGUUGUGGAAAUUUGUGUUUCCAGUAAGGGAAUGUUGUUGAACUGCACAUAAAUUUGAGAGACAAGAAUUUACAUAGCCACCUUCUAGGAGAAGGCAGUGAGCUUGCCAGUGGAGGAUGUAUUUUAAAUAUGAUUAUUAAGCUUCCUCCAAAGAUAGUUUCAUUAGUACCCUGGUAAUUUUGUUCAAAAAAGGGUUAUGGCAUUCUUGUUGAGAUGUAAAAAGUGUGUCUAACCCAACGAAAAUGAUACAUUGUGUAUUUCUGUUCAGUUGGAAGGUAGGAAACAAAAGUAUUUGACUGCCUGUAACUUACAUCAGCUAUGCUAAUGUAAAAAUAAGAGUAAAGCCAAAAUAUUCACUAAAAUUCCAAUUUGUACAUGUAUGUGACAGUUACUGCAGAGCAGUUGAUACUUUAUCACCAGCUUGAGCAGUGUAUAUACCAUGCAUUACCAUGCUCUAGUCAUCCAAUCACAAGUGCUCCUAUCUAGAAUUAAAUAUAUGUUUGUGAAUAUAAAAUUGAGACAAAAUACAAACUUGACAAAAAUGUAUAAGCAUCUUUAUAUGAGAGGAACUGCCAUGGACCAGAUGGUUUACAGAACAGCUAUGAAACAAAAAUAAUUUGAAAAUCCAUCUAUGCCUAUGUUCAAUAAAGUUUGAUUUUUAUUUAACAAAAUGGUUUUACUGUUUUAAGAAUAUGUCAGACAAAUUAGGCUUUGCCACUGCAUUUUAUUGGAGGUAGUAGCUGAUGCAGUUAGGUAGCAAGAUAAAGGAAAAAUCCAAGAGGAUCACCAAAACUGUGAUUUACAAGAAUCCAGUAAAAGUGGUAGGAUUUCAAAUGAACAAAAACAGUCUAUGUGCAUUUAUCUGGUGAAAAUUAAUGAUACAGAGGGUUGGGAGCAUUCAAAUAUAGGAGGGCAUAUCCACAUGAGAGAAUCUGUAUAGUGAUUUAGAAUGAGCAACAGGAUAGAAUUAUGUUGAAAAGCAAAGUACAAAAUGGCAGCAUAGUUGCUUCUGUGUAAAAAUAAAUUUGUGUACCUGAACAAGA